AUGUCGUCUUCUGUUCAAGUUACACAUAUUUCCGACGAUGAGAACACGGAGGAGGAGGAGGAGGAGCGCCUUGCUUACUCCUCCACUGUACACAAUCUUAUCAUUUUUAUCAAUGGUGGAGCUAUGGGAUUGCUUCAGGUGGUCACAAACAAACCAUCAACCAACAAAGCAGACCGUGGAGCUACGAUUCUGUGUUUCUGGGUCUUCACUCUUAUCUACACCGUCCUACGAGUCUUAGAAGUCAAGCUUCCGAAAAAACUGAAAAUUCGUAACUUCGUUGGACAUGUCAGCCAUCUCUUUGGGGCUCUCUCAGCUCUCAUGCUCAUCUCUCUUAUUUCGCCAAGCUUCGCUCUCUUUGCAGUUCCUCUCUGGCUUGUUUGGCUCUUUGUUGUUAUGUAUGUCUCUUUCUCAGGGCUAUUCCCGGAGGAAAACGCCGCUGAUCCACCGGUCUAA